UUACCCCAUCUUUGAUUAACUACCGUACACUGCUCAAACUGUCCACUUCUUGAGGAUCAUUUGAUGCGGAGCGUGUAGUAUCCUUCGCCACGGCUGUGCCAAUGCAUGACAACGAUGAAAAUGAUGCAGUUGGCCUGCUUGAUUGGAGCUCUAUCGUAGUACGAACACCUCGCCGAUUGGAGUCUCAUGAUCCAGAUGUGGUGGUCCGAGUCGGAGGCAUCGAGUUCUUCCACUACCGAUCCAUUUUGUGUGCGCGGCUGGACGAAUACAUUACGCAACAGGAAAAGCAUCAAACCCCUGAUGAUGUCGUUGGUGAUCACGAUGAUGCACAAUCGAAUGACCAUCUGGACAAGAACUCCAAGAACAACGUUGUUGUCAUUCUUGAUUUCCCAGACCGAGAUCCCAAGGAAUGGCUCGAAGUAUACAAAUUUCUGGACUUUGGCUCAUCAUCAUUACGAUUCUCGUCCCUACUAGAAAAGCCCUUGUCAUCCUGCAUUGCAGCUUCCAAAAAUGUGGACAUGUUGGCAUCUUGGUUUGAGUUGCUCGGACUGAAGGAACAUCUGAAACAAUGUGACUAUAUUCUACACAAACAGAUCAAACUGCAAUGUAUGAUGCAGCAGGAUCCACCGGAUUAUGCUACUGUUUGGGUUGGAAACUACAAGGAGAAACUGCAAGUGUUGCCUCGAGCAGCACUGGCUGUUAUUGACGUGGUCAAGCUCAAGUUUCAUCAAGUGACGAUGGUGGGCAAGAACCUUGCGCAAUUCCAACCGUACCUGCUGGAUGAUGUUUGUGGUGAGCAAGUGUGGCACUAUUUCAUCACCCAUGUUGUGGUGAAUCUACCGCCCAAGAUGGUACAAGAGCUCGAUAAGGAGACCAUUGUUCAAUCACCACUGUUUCCUUACACCGUUCUCAAAUACAAGGGGUCCAUGUCGCCAGCUUGGGUUCGACGGAGGAGCUGCACCCGCUUGGAUACAGGCUAUCUACCGGGAGCUGCCUUUAUGGACAGUAUCAAGGAGCGCGGGACGUGGUUCUGGAUUGACGGAUGGCUGCAAUAUAUCGAGGAGUGAUGAAACCUUCCUCAUCAGAUCAUAACUACUUGCAUAUCAUACACACACCAAACCUUCCCCAUACGGUACGCACUGCAGCAUUAUCUAGUUCUGUAGAAUCUCACUACUAGCUAACUAGCUAACUAGCUAGUAGGAUAUAUUGUUUAUUCUUCUUUUUCUUCUGCUGUAAUUUCCACAAUGGCUUCAAUUUCCACCAUGAGAUUCAACGGCAAUGCAUUGGUUCCAAUGGCGGAUCGGGAAUGCACCCCUCGUUCUGGUCCAAAAACCUGUCCCAUCAAAUCGGAACAUCCAUUCAACACUUUGUGUUGCGAUUUAAAGUCGGGUGUGGAUUGGACAAUGCCAAAUAGUUUGACAAUUUGUGCGACACGAUCCAAAUCUCCGUCCAGCUCUUUGUUCAAAGUGGCAAUUAGAUUCAAUCCAACUUGUCGCGCCGCCUUGUAACCGGCAUUAAUAUCGUCAUCCGAUUGACAGACUCCCGUGAUUAAUGUGGUGCCAUCUUCCAGUAGUGGCAUGUGACCACUCAAAAACAAUAAAUUUCCCGAUCGUUGGCAGGGCAAGUAAUUGGCCGCCGCAGGAGGAGCCGGUGGGAGUGUGAUGUCCAACUCCUUGAGCGUGUCGUGGACUGAGUUGGACGAUGCUUGCAAUAGGCUGCUGGAGAUCUCAUUAUGAUGAUGAUGAUGAUGUGAUAAUGAUAGGGCUGGCUGGAAAGCAGAGACUCCGCAUGUUAUUAGAGUAGCCAAGGAUAGUAACAAUAAAUAACGCAUCAUGGUCCUGAUCCUGAUGAUAGUGUUGGAGGCUGUUGGGUUGGUUGUGGUCGUCUUCAGAUUUCAG